ACACCUGACAAAUUUUAACAGGCGCGGCUGUAACUGAUCCAUGCUCUACUCUUCAUACUGCACGUAGGCAACUUGGUGGAAAGAGCACACUUUCUCUUACAAAGAUGCUCUCUUCCCGUGCGUUGGUUCGGGGACUGCAGGUGGGACUCUGGAGAAGAGUGUCAACCUCGGCUAGCGCGCUCGCGGCGCACGCGCAAGACAUUGAAGUGAUUGACUGCAGCAUUCCGCAGUACAAUAACCGCCUGGACACACCCCUGCCUGACAUCCCGUUCGUCAGAAAUCUCACUGCGGAGCAGAAGAAGCUGAAAGAGAAAGAGAAAGAGUCAUGGACCAACCUUACCAAGGAGGAAAAGCUUGCAUUGUACAGGCUCACAUUUGAGCUGAGCUACGCUGAGAUGAGGAAGAGCUCAGAUGAGUGGAAGACCACGCUGGCCGGGGUGUUCUUCUUUCUCGGCUUUUCUGGCCUCUUGGUUUGGUGGCACCGUAUCUAUGUGUACGGCGACGUGCCUCACACUCUGUCACCCGAGUGGGUGGAGAAGCAGACGAAGAGAAUGAUCGACAUGAGGGUGAAUCCCGUGCACGGGUUCUCUUCCAACUGGGACUACGAGAAGCAGCGGUGGAAGUAACUUGCCAAAAGUGUGGUGGUAACCCCACAUAAAACUCAAUGAAGCUCAACAGCCCUAAACAAUCUUUACAGAAUGUAUCAAAUAAAGGCAGUAUGUAAUGUAAA